AUGUAUGUUCGCGCAUCGCUCCUCAAGGAUUCUACACUGACCCAAUCAUUGUCCAGGGCGCCUUCGACUUGGGCAGACUUGCGGCUGCUCCCUGCUUACGCGUCGCUGGUAUCCGUGAUUGUCUAUGCGCUCACGCCCAUCUUGCGUGGGGAGCCGCGUCGGAAGGUGGAAGGGAUAGGUGCACAUGCAGCAGAUGACGCGUCGGCGUACGCGUCCUUCAUGUCCAAGGAGGUACGCGCGUACCACCUCUUGAGGGUGGUAGGAUGUCUUGCUCUAGUCGGCGUCUCUUUCGCCUCCGCUGCAGCUGCGGGCUCGCUCGUCGAGGCUUCACUCUGCGCAUCCUUCUGCUAUGCGACCGCCCUCGCGUGCGCAGCCAUGAGCCGCAGGCCGCUCGCCCAUUGCUCGACCUUGCACUUGACCGCGAUACUACUCGUAGCGUUCGCGGUAUACGUCGUACGCGACGUGGCGCCUCUAGCUUUCUACGGCGGUCGUCCGAUGGACGCGACAGGACCAUUACUAUGGAUCACGGUUGGACUUCUUUUGGUCACCGGGAUCGUCCUCCCGUUAGUCUCCCUGGGGACGCAUGUCCCCGUCAACACAGACGAGCCUUUGCCCCCGAGUCCCGAGCAGAAGGCGUCCGUCCUCUCCAAACUGACCUUCACCUUCCUCAAUCCCAUCAUAUCGCUGGCGCAGCAGAAGACGACGAUCACCCUCGAGGACCUUCCGCCAAUCUCGGACACGGACGACGCCGGGUACUUGAAGGAGAGGACCUUCAAGACCCUCGACGUUCUCGGCGGCAAACGCAAGCGCCAUAUCUUCUUCGGAUUGGCCAAAGUCUUCCGUCUCGAGUACUCCUUGUUGGUCUAUUCGCUCGUGAUCCAGGUCUUCGCCAACUUCGCUGCACCUGUGGGAGUCAACAGGAUUCUCCACUACAUAGAGAACGGCGCUGCCGAGCUGAUUGUACGCCCGUGGGUUUGGGUCGCCUUGCUCUUCGUAGGGCCGACUAUAUCGUCAUUCGCGCUGCAGUGGUACAUCCAUCUCGCCACACGCACGACCAUACGUGCGGAGGCCAUUAUCACGCAGCUUAUAUACGAGCACGCCUUGCGCUUGCGGACGAGCUCCGGCUCGGCCAAGCGGUCAGACUCUGAAGACGAUGCCCAGCCUGACACGGACAGCUUCCUCGGUCGCCUCAACACGCUCGUCACCACAGACCUGCAGAACAUCAUCAAUGGAAGGGACUUCGUCCUCAUUCUCGUCUACAUCCCUCUGAAUGUUGUCGUCGGCAUUGUAUUCUUGUAUUCCAUCUUGGGGUGGAGCGCGCUUGUCGGCUUGGGCGUCAUCAUCCUCUCGUUGCCCCUUCCGAGCAUCUCGGCGAGGCUCAUACAGAGGCUCGAUCAAGAGCGCCUCAGGCGGGUCGACGCUCGCGUGCAGAUCAUAACCGAAGUCCUGAGCGUCGUCCGCAUGAUCAAGCUCUUCGGCUGGGAGCGCAAGAUGAAGGACAAGAUCUCCCAGCAGCGCCGCGAGGAGCUGAAGUACCUCCUUCGAAGGCGCAUCGUGGAGAAGACAAGCGAGAUCGUCGUAUACUGCAUCCCGAUCGCCACUGCCGCCAUGCACGAACCCCUCAGCGCGUCCAUCGUCUUCAGCUCCAUGACCGUCUUCGACAUCCUGCGCGAGAUGAUAGGCCUCAGCAUGUACAUUGUCACGUCGGCCGUGACCGCGAAGGUCUCUCUGGACCGAAUCGAUACGUUUUUGGAUCCUGCAAAGUCGGAUCUCCUGGAUGCCCUCGAUAUCUCCCGAGAUGUUCGGCCGCCUGCCGAGCCCCCGACCACUGAUGCGAUAGGCUUCUCUGACGCCGUGUUCGCGUGGUCGGACGAUGCGGAUGCGUUCAAGCUUCGUGUCGAAGGCGAGGUCAAGUUCAAGUCCGGCAAGGUCAACCUCAUCGUCGGCCCGACUGGUUCUGGAAAGACUUCUCUACUAAUGGCUCUGCUCGGUGAGAUGCGGUAUACACCCACUAGCUCCUCCUCAUGGGUGAACCUUCCGCGGGAUCUCGGGGUCGCCUAUGCGGCGCAAGAGUCAUGGGUACAGAGCGAUACAAUCAAGGACAACAUACUCUUCGGCGCACCGUACGAGCCGGAGCGAUAUGAGCAGGUCAUUCACCAGUGUGCACUCAAGCACGACCUCGAUCUGUUCGACGCCGGUGAUGAGACCGAGGUGGGCGAGAAGGGUGUGACAUUGAGCGGAGGGCAGAAGGCGCGAGUGACGCUUGCGCGCGCGGUGUACUCCAGUGCCUCGAUACUGCUUCUCGACGAUAUCCUGGCCGCACUUGACGUGCACACGGCGAAGUGGAUAGUUGAGAAGUGCCUGGCCGGUCCUCUCGUCAAAGGGCGUACGGUGCUCCUUGUCACUCACAACAUCCCCCUCGCUCAGCCCCUUGCCGACGCCGUCGUGGCGGUCUCCGACGGGCACGUCUCUAUCGAAGCUAACAUAGCGGCUGCCAUCAGCCACGAUGCAGUGUUGGCUCAGGAGAUCAAGCAGGACGAAGAGCACCUACACGACGUCCUCGAGGUCGAGCAGACCAAGGACGCAGACGACAAGACAACCGGCAAGCUCGUCGUAGAAGAAGAAGUGGAAGUCGGGCGUAUCACCUGGGAUACUUUUGCGACCUACUUGUACGCUGCAGCCGGCAAGCAGUUGCCUCUGUUCCUCGUCGUCUGGAUUGCUGCCCUUGCUCUCGAAAACGUCAUUAGUGUUGGGUCGACUUGGUUCUUGGGAUACUGGGCGUCACAGUACCAGAUACAUGACCCAAGCGAGGUCAACGUUCCGAACUAUCUCGGAGGGUACGGAUUACUCCUGCUCGCGCAGAUCAUCGCUACUGCGGUAGCUUUUCUCAUCUUCGUCUUCGGAGGCCUACGAGCGUCGAAGGUCCUUCACGCUGCAUUGGCGAACUCGAUACUGGAUACUACGCUCAGAUGGCUCGACCAAACACCGACAUCAAGAAUUAUCUCCCGCUUCACCGCGGAUAUGGCAACUCUGGACACCGAGCUUCCUCACGAUGUGCAUUUCCUCUGCCAGCUGACAACCACGCUGGUUGUCAAACUGGUUGCCAUUGUCGUCCUUACACCUCUCUUCCUCAUCUUCGGCGUCGCUGUCGGGAUUACUGGCAUGUUCUUGGGCUCGGCCUACAUGCGAGCCCAGAUGCCUCUGAUGCGCGAGACAUCUAAAGCAAAGGCACCCGUUCUAGCGCACUUUGGCGCGUCGAUGGCUGGCUUGGUCUCGAUACGCGCAUAUGGUGCUCAGAGGACCGUACACGCGACAUCCAUCCAGCAUAUAAACCAGUACACGCGCGCCGCAAGGAUAUCCUUCGACUUACAACGCUGGAUCACGAUUAGAAUGGAUGCCCUCGGGGCCGCAUUCUCAACUCUGCUGGCGAUCUACCUAGUUUACUUCAAAAAGAGCAGCUCAGUAGGCGCAAGUACGACAGGAUUCUCACUCAACAUGGCGGUUGGGUUCAGCAGCAUGAUCUUGUUCUGGGUCCGCAUGAUGAACAUCGUGGAGGGUGAUUGUGAUAGCGUCGAGCGCGUCAAGCAGUACCUGGAGGUUGAGCAGGAGCGUCCGGCCACUCCGGAGGGGAAGCCACCCGCUUACUGGCCUGCCAGAGGCGAGCUGGACGUGCGCGGUCUUACCGCGUCGUACUCGAAGGGUGGACCGCGAGUUCUCCGCGAUAUCUCGUUCCAUAUCGCUUCUGGAGAACGCGUAGGCGUAGUGGGGCGCACUGGCGCAGGCAAGACUUCGCUGAGCCUCGCCCUUUUGCGGUGCAUAGAGUGCGAAGGGGAGGUUUACUAUGAUGGCUUGUCUACUGCGAGUCUGAACCUCGAGGUUCUGCGCAACAGUAUCACCAUCAUCCCUCAAGCGCCCGACAUGAUCAGUGGUUCUUUGAGAGAGAACCUCGACCCCUUCGGCGAGCAUGACGAUGCGACACUCAACGAUGCUCUUCGCGCGGCCGGUCUGUUCGCACUCCAGGAGCACGAAUCAAGCGGAAACGCGCGCGCCAGCAAUAUCAAGAUUGAUCUGGACACCAAGAUAGUUUCGGGGGGCUCUAAUUUGUCCGUCGGCCAGCGGCAGAUUAUCGCUCUCGCUCGUGCGCUCGUGCGCGGUAGCAAGCUCCUGAUCCUCGAUGAAGCCACCUCCGCUAUUGACUACCGAACCGAUAGCAUCAUUCAGGAAUCCUUGCGCGCUCGCUUGGGGAACAAUGUAAGUCUGAUAGUCAUCGCACAUCGCCUGCAGACCGUGAUGGAUGCGGACAAGAUCAUGGUUUUGGAUACCGGGAAAAUCGUGGAAUUUGACCGGCCUCGAGCGUUGUUUGCUCGGCCGGACAGUGCCCUGCGCGCACUUGCGAAGGAGUCGAGCGACAAGGACUAUCUCUAUCAACUGGCUGGAGUCACUCCGUGAAUCUGGGUGUCUUCUCGUGUACGACCUUGCACAGGCUGUCAGCGGCAAUCUCAUGUUACUAUCGGCCGUAGCGUACGAAGCUACAAUGAUUCUCCUCUAAU